CUUGUUUCAGAGCCUCAAUUCGAUUCUUGAGUCAAAAAAGCUUUUGAAAGGCUUCGUACACGAACCUUAGUUCCAAGAAGGUGGAAAAUCUGGAAAGAGAUACCCCCAGAAUGGACAAGAUGAUGGCCAAUUAGUCAUUUGUGGAGGGGUCUCCAUUUUAACUUAAUCUCUGUAAAUUUAAUGUUUUCUACAACAUUAUAGAGUUACUUGUUUUAAUGACCCAAGCGACUCGCGGAUAGGUAAAGAACAAUGGAGAGCCGCAAACGGCGCCGUGACUCAUCUAGAUCCCAUAGAGGAAAAGUGCAUAAAAGACCGAGAACCGAUGUAUUUUUGGCUGCUGUGAACGAUGUCAGGAAAUCAGGGAAGCCGUUGGACACUGACAGUAUCUUCGAUGCAAUCCUGAUCAGAAGUUUCUCCUUGUGGCAAGAUAAAUACCAGGGAAUGAGGGAAGAGCUCACUGCACUGUCAAAGACGGCAGAACGGCUCUGGGAGUCAACUGCCAAAUUCAUGGACAACUUUUACUGGAUCCAGACAGCACAACAAGUCGGCGUUUUCAAGGAAAUGUCUCGCGUGAGGCAGUCCGAAGAAGAGCUUCGUUCCGAGCCACCGAAAAGGUUACAGUGUGAAUUGCUCAGUGCUCUGCAGACCGAGCUCGAGGUUCGACUCGAGUCGACGGAUAAUCCAAAAAAGCAGCAGCAGCAUCAAGCAAAGCACGGCGGUACUUCUGACCACGUGUAUGAUGAUGCCAAGGCCGCCAUCAAGUCUUUCUUGGUUCAGUCUUUGACAGGUGCCAUACAGAAUGUCAAGAACCUCAGUCCUGCCGAGGGUGAAUGGAUCCGAAAGCAACUUCUGGAACAUUCAGCACAGACUUUACUCAAACCAGAAGCAGAAGAACCAAGUGACCAACACGACUCCGAAGUAGUAAAAAUGGCGGCGGAAACUCCCGAGAAGAAAACUUCCGAAUCUGAAAGCAAGAAUACACUAUCAUCACCAGAAGGGGUUGAACCAUUGGACACAGAAGAACACGGUUCACCAAACCUGCCUUCAAGGAAUUCUAAGAGGUCGAAGACUUCCAUCCCUGAAGUUGAUCCAAAAAUUAAAACUGAUUCAACGGUUUCCAUCUCCUCUAAAACCGGUCACGACUCAGGUUCAGAGUCUGAAAGCUUCCAGCUGACUUCUAUCGAAAGUCCCGACUCAUACGAUCCUCAACGUCGUCUAAUCAGACCAGAAUCUACCUCCUCAAAUCGCGCCACUAAGGCUUGCUCGUCGUGCCUCAGCAACCCAUCCCCCUACAACAGCAUUUUCUCGAACAAGGCAUUAUCAUCUGCACCCAGUCGUACGGAGAAAACAAAAGUGAAUCCAACCCCGGCAUACGGUCAAUCGUUGCGCGAAGCAAUGGCCGCCUGCGAGCCGUGCAAGAAGUUCUUCGCAGAUCCAGAAGACACUCUGAAUGAAGCCAAUCAAGAAGAUUUCCCUCAGAAGAAAUCGUCUCCCAAGGCAUUCGUGUUAUACGAGCUGGACCCAGAAUGGAGCCCAGAGGAGAGGUUGAAAGUGAUCGCGGCCCUCAAAGAAUUCGACUCAGAAACGCUCUUGAGUUUCUACCCGCGCAAGUGUCAAGGCGUUGAACCAUACUUGAGCAUUGUCAAGGGCGAAUUGUGCUCAUCCAUGGUUGGAUACAAGCGCACAGCAGCUGAAACUGGUACACCUACGGUAGUCAUGAGCCCGAGUUGCCUCAAGCCUGACACAGCGACUCACGAGCUGGUCCAUGCCGUGGCAUUCUACCACGAAGAGGCAGCCAAUGACCCACUCAAAGAUAUCAUUCACAUUGGGUAUCCCGACAAGCUGUGUGAACAACACGAAUAAUUUCCUGACGCUUGCAUCGUCGAAAUUCCCCAGAACCCCAGACUCCAUGAUUUAUGUGUGCCUCUAGUACAAAUACUGUCUCGUAUCCUGUUACAAUCGUUAAGCUCUUAUUAUACGUAGUUUGAAAACGUCCGAUUCGAUAAAAAAAAUCUUAUUUAAA